GUUCAUCACAAAACCACAGCUCCUUAAAUAUUCCUACUACAUUUUAACAAUCUUGGUUCGAUUCAUCUUCCUAAAACCCUAGAAAAAAUCUAACCAAGGUUCAUGGGUAAUUGCUGCGGAAGUAAACCCCUAACAGCUUCUGAUAUCGUCUCGGAUCAAAAGCAAGAGACGAUUCUUGGGAAGCCAUUGGAAGAUAUCAAGAAGCACUAUAGCUUCGGUGACGAACUAGGCAAAGGUAAUUUCGGAACAACAUACUUGUGCAAAGAGAAUUCAACAGGAAAGAGUUACGCUUGCAAAUCCAUACCUAAGAGAACUCUAAGCAGCGAAGAAGAAAAAGAAGCUGUGAAGACAGAGAUUCAAAUCAUGGAUCAUGUUUCAGGACAGCCUAACAUCGUACAGAUCAAAGGUUCCUACGAAGAUAAUAAUUCUAUACACAUUGUAAUGGAAUUGUGUGGUGGUGGUGAGUUAUUCGACAAGAUCGAUGCUUUGGUCAAGUCUCAUAGCUAUUACUCUGAGAAAGAUGCUGCUGGAAUCUUUAGGUCUAUUGUGAAUGCUGUGAAGAUUUGUCAUUCUUUGGAUGUCGUUCAUCGUGAUCUCAAGCCUGAGAACUUCUUGUUCUCUAGUAAAGAUGAGAAUGCUAUGCUUAAAGCUAUCGAUUUCGGGUGUUCUGUUUACAUCAAAGAAGGGAAAACUUUUGAGAGAGUUGUUGGAAGUAAAUACUACAUUGCUCCUGAAGUAUUAGAGGGAAGCUAUGGGAAAGAAAUCGACAUUUGGAGUGCUGGUGUUAUUUUAUACAUCCUACUGAGCGGCGUACCGCCAUUUCAAACUGAUGCUGAGAUUAAAGAAUGCAGGCUUGAUUUUGAGAGCCAACCAUGGCCUUUGAUAUCUUUUAAAGCGAAGCACCUUAUCGGGAAGAUGCUCACCAAAAAACCGAAGGAACGAAUCUCUGCUGCAGAUGUUCUUGAACAUCCAUGGAUGAAAAGCGAAGCUCCAGAUAAGCCUAUUGAUAAUGUUGUCUUAUCACGUAUGAAGCAAUUCCGAGCAAUGAACAAGCUUAAGAAGCUUGCUCUUAAGGUUAUUGCGGAGGGUCUAUCGGAAGAGGAGAUCAAAGGUCUUAAAACCAUGUUUGAGAAUAUGGAUAUGGACAAAAGCGGGUCAAUCACUUAUGAAGAACUCAAAAUGGGGCUGAAUAGACAUGGCUCUAAACUCUCUGAGACUGAAGUUAAGCAACUCAUGGAAGCAGCUGAUGUUGAUGGGAAUGGAACAAUUGACUACAUAGAGUUUAUCUCAGCGACGAUGCAUAGACACCGUUUGGAACGAGAUGAACAUUUAUACAAAGCAUUCCAAUACUUUGAUAAAGACGGAAGCGGGCACAUAACGAAGGAGGAAGUGGAGAUAGCAAUGAAAGAGCAUGGUAUGGGAGAUGAAGCUAAUGCCAAAGAUUUGAUUUCAGAAUUCGAUAAAAACAACGAUGGAAAAAUAGACUAUGAGGAGUUUUGUACGAUGAUGAGAAAUGGCAUCUUGCAACCACAAGGGAAACUUGUUGGGAUCCACAUAUAAAAGCUCUGUUUUUUGUUUCACCCAAAAUCGGUUUUGUUAAACCCGAACUAAACCGGAGAAAACAGAGGUGAUAGUAGUUUAUCUUUGAAAUUGUUUGUAUGUCUUUCUUGUAAUUUUCUUGAUCAUUGCAAAUCUUCUGGCUUUUGACCAAAACAUAAAUUUGAAUAUUUAAAAGACCAUUGAGUUAGAG